AAAUAAUAAAUAAUCAUGAAUUUAUUAAUAUACGUGUUUCUGAUCUCGUUUGUCAAAUGUUUUGAAUCGACUUGCAAAUAUUUACACGUUUCUACAGAUAUUGAUAAAAGCAGAGAUGACAUAAUCAAAGCAGGUGUACCAGCCAGAUAAUGGGUAUUAGAAGCAGGUAUAAUAAUUUUAUCAUAUAAAUAGACACAUUUCAAUUGGUGAAUAACUCUGUUUAAAUGGAUUAUUUGUAUGUCACUAUAGAUAAUAAGAUCUAAUUAACAUAAGAUAUGGUACAAUUAGAAUUUGAUGAUCAUUAUUUUGCAAACAGUACCCUUAAAAUAGAGCAUCAUUAAAACAAUGUUUAUUCAUUAAGAAUUGAUUAUAGAUGUAAAUAAUAUGGUGGUAGAUUGAUUCAAUAUGAAGUCUUAUUUAAUAUACCAUCAUGUGGAUCUGCUAAGAUAUAUUGGUAAAAAUUAUGUGGUAGCCCUUUGAUAAAACGACAUGGUUUAAAUGUAGAUGCUCUUGUUAAAUAAUAUAAUUAAACAGUAGUAAAAGAUGGGGAAUUAGUAAACAAAGCUUAUUGGGAUAAAGACUUUGAUAAUUUUGUAUUCACUGUUCCAGCAAAUCUGAAUUACUCCAUCUUUUAUGUUUAUAUGAAUUUAACAAAAAAUAGUGAUGAAGAAAACAUUUUAAAUAAGGAGGAAACUAAAGAUUUCUUUAAUGCAGUUGAUUAAUAAGCAGAAACCGAAACCACUUAAGAAGAAUUUUAAGUUUUGGAAGCAAUUUUGAAAUUAAUUCCAGAGGUACACAUCUCUCCUCCAUAUGUUGAUGCAGAUCAUACUAUUACAAAACCAAUAAUUCGAGGAGAUUUAUUUAAAGGUGGAGUAGUUACAAAUGAACCAUCCACAUUAAUUGUAGAGUAUAAUUGUGUUGAAAAUGGAAAUACAACUAUAGAAUUAAAUAUACCUUUAUAAUACUUCUAAGAUAUUACUAUGGUAUUUUAAAAGCAAUGUGUAGUUUCACCAUAAAGUUCAUUGUAAAUAUUUCUGUUUAUAUAUUUAGUUCGAUACUAUCAAUUUUAUUUUAUUUAAUCUGUUUUGGAGUCGUAGGAUUCCUGUUUUAUACAUUCGAUGUGCAUAAUAUGAGUUUAAGUGAUAUUAGAAAAAUAUUUUCACAAAGAUAGAAAUUCAAUUAUAAAUCAACAGGAAAAGAUGAAGACAUAGAGUCUGAAUUCAAAAUAGGAAGAUUAGUUGAUAAUUAAGAAAGCAAAUAUGGUAGCAUUUGAAUUUUUAUUAUAUAUGAAAAAG